CUUGAUUUUUAUUUUUAUUUUCUGCAAUAUCUUUCUGAAAAGAAACCAGACACACCACCUUCCCAACAAUGCAUGUGCAUUCAUGUUGAUGAGGCAUAGAUGACUCAUCCACCUAAAAGCUAAUCAGCCAACUUACCUCUCUCUUAAUUCUCUCUAUAUAAAAAUUUGCUGAAUCAGUUGUUUGAAAGAUCACUUGCUCUAAGCAUUUCCUCAGACCUUGAUACCUGAUAGUUAGAGGAUACACAAGUGGCCUUUAGGAGAAUUCAAGGAGUGAAAUCUGAAUCACUUCGUAGAAAUUCAUCAAAAAUGAACAACCGGGUUCUGGCACAAGUUAUGGGAAUUCAAGCCACCUCAAUGCCGAACAGACUUUUGCAGGACCAAUAUCAUAUUCCCUCUUCUUCAAAUGGAUGUUUGAUGCUGAAACACAAUAGAGUAGAUAGGAUGAACAAACCUGGAGGAAAAGCAGAAAGUCUUGCAAAUGGCAUCCGAGAGCACGUGAGAUUAGGGCCCAAGAUCACUGAAACUGUGAAGGGGAAACUGAGCUUGGGGGCUAAAAUUCUUAAAGCAGGUGGGAUAGAAAAGAUUUUCAAGCACCACUUUAGUGUUGGAGAAGGAGAGAAGCUGCUAAAGGCUUCCCAAUGCUAUUUAUCAACAACAGCAGGCCCUAUAGCAGGCCUCCUCUUUAUCUCCACCCUCAAGGUUGCCUUUUGCAGUGAGAGAUCUAUCAAAUUCUCUACUCCAACUGGCGAUUCCGUUAGAAUUCGUUACAAGGUGCUGAUCCCAAUAGAGAAAAUAUUGAAGGCCAAUGAAAGCGAAAAUGUGAAGAGACCAUCACGGAAGUACAUGGAAAUUGUUACCGUGGAUAAUUUUGAUUUCUGGUUUAUGGGAUUCCUGAAUUAUCCAAAAACUUUCAAACAUCUUCAGCAGGCAAUCUCUCCAGCUCAAUGCCUGGCAACUCCACUCAUAAGCUAACACUAGACGUACUUGAAUUAAAAGGAAAGAAACUGUAAUACAAGAAUUCUGGAGUUACCAUUCUGUACAAAUAUUGUAAAUUGGGUUGCUCUCCUCAAAGUAAAGCUAAUGUAAUGAUGAGUUAUAUCA